GCAGGCCAAAUAAAGUAAAAUGAGUCAUAUGCAGAUAUAUGAACCUUAGCUUUUUUCUCUGAAUUGACUGUGCUGUUCAUGUCUCUUCUUCUUCUGAGAGCAAAAACCGUAUCACCAUACCAAUAAAAACUCAAACUCUACUCUUUUUUUUCGUAUGAUUUUUCUCUUCUGGGCUUUCUCUCAAUUAUUAUAGUAAUCUGUUCAUUUUAUUUUCUUGCGGGUAAACUAUAGCACUUUUGAAUUAUCAUUUAUUAUUACUUCCAUAUUUCAUUAUUCUUUCUAAUUCAAGACAACCUGGGUUUGAUAGGUUUCUUUGUAAAUAGACAUAUAUAUACAUAAUCUCAUAAUUUCCAAUUUUCAAUUCUAGAAGUGCCUUAGUUUUCUUCAGUCCGCUUUGGGUUCUCUAGAUUGUUCUUUCUUUUUGGGAAGUUGUUAUUGAAUUUAAUGUUCUUUGGUGGUUUUUGCUGGCUUCCAAGAAACAAAGAAAACAACUUUCCUAUCUGUCAGAAUCCAAUUUCGGUUUCAAAAUUCAAAACCCAUAUUGAAAAAAGCUGUCUUUUGCUUUAAAUAACCUUUAAUCUUGAAACCUUUCGAGUUCUAGCUAUCUUUCAGCCCUAACAAUCUAAAACUUGUAUUGGUUUCAUUAGAGAGACAUUAAGGUUUUAAUGGGUUUUUUCGGUAUGAGCCAUGGAGGGUUUGCUGUGAGCAUGCUGUUGUUGUUGUUGUUGUUGUUGUUGGCUAUGGUGGUGGGUUCAGUGAGUGGGAUUGGCGCUAACUGGGGAACACAAGCAACCCAUCCUCUGCCUCACUCCACUGUUGUGCAGAUGCUCAAAGACAAUGGGUUUCAGAAGGUGAAGUUAUUUGAUGCUGAUUCAAAUACUUUGAAUGCUCUGAGUGGUUCUGGGCUUGAGGUCAUGGUGGGUAUACCCAAUGACAUGCUUGACACUCUGGCCAACAGUGUUGCUGCAGCUGAGAAAUGGGUGGAGAAGAAUGUCUCUGUACAUGUCUCAUCCAAUAAGGUCGACAUCAGGUACGUUGCUGUUGGGAACGAACCAUUCCUAGCAACAUACAACGGUACCUUCCUCGGAACAACUUUUCCUGCACUUCAAAACAUUCAGGCUGCCUUAAUAAAAGCUGGUUUGGGCAAUCAGGUGAAAGUCACCAUCCCUCUUAACGCUGAUGUGUACCAAACUUCGACAACCCUCCCUUCUGGCGGUGACUUCCGACCCGACAUUCACGAUCUCAUGUUAGAGAUCGUCAAGUUCUUGAAUGACAAUGGAGGUCCUUUCACCGUCAACAUCUAUCCCUUCAUAAGCCUCUAUUUGGACUCCAAUUUCCCCGUUGACUACGCCUUCUUUGAUGGCUAUUCAUCCCCCAUCAAUGACAACGGGAAAAUUUAUGACAAUGUGUUCGAUGCAAACCACGAUACCCUUGUGUGGGCUUUACAGAAAAAUGGGUAUGCAAAUAUGUCCAUUAUUGUUGGAGAAAUUGGGUGGCCUACUGAUGGGGACCGAAAUGCGAAUGCAAAGUAUGCCCAAAGGUUCAACCAAGGGUUAAUGUCCCACAUUGCAUCCGGGACGCCAAUGAUACCAGUUGCCAUUGAUGCCUACUUGUUUAGCCUUAUUGAUGAGGAUGCCAAGAGCAUCCAGCCGGGGAACUUCGAACGCCAUUGGGGGAUAUUUAACUAUGACGGGACGCCCAAAUAUAAUCUUACCCUCGUAAACUCGAGCAACUCGGGAGGGUUAGUAGCAGCUCGCAACGUCCAGUAUCUGGCUCAACAAUGGUGCGUGAUGUCGUCGACAGCGAGCCUUGAUGAUUCUGAAGUGGCGCCAAGUGUGAGCUUUGCUUGUUCUCAUGCUGACUGCACGAGCCUCGGGUAUGGGACAACGUGUGGGAAUUUGGACGUGAGGGAGAACAUUUCGUAUGCAUUCAACAGCUACUAUCAGGAGCAAAACCAGCUCGCGACUGCAUGCCUGUUCCCGAACCUUUCGGUUGUCACGACGACUGAUCCGUCGAUUGGAGACUGCAAAUUUAAAAUCAUGAUUCAGACAGAUAGUUCUGGGAUGGAGGGUAGUGGUGGGGGUUUAGUGAAGCAUGUUAAUAUGUUUUUGGUCUUGUUCAUGCUUGUUUUGAUGGUUGUGUUGCGUGAACUGUGAGUUUUGGCACCUUAUAAAUAUAGUUAAAUUUUGAUAUUAUUAUAA